UCAAGGCUGCGGUUUUAAUGUCCCCCAGUGUAUUCUCAUCUGUCAAUCAAAGAGAGUUCUUUCACCUCACGGCAGAAAAACGAAAAACACUGCCUAUUAUUGGUGUGGAGAAUUUUGAAUGUAGAAGAAAUCAAGCAUACCAUCUUCAUUCAGUUUUAGCUCCGAAUUCCCCACCGUUCGCUUGUGACUUUUCUCCAACUCUUACCGAUCUCAUUUUAAUCGCUCAGGAGGAUGGCUUAGUCCACCUGUACGACACUUCUGUUACUGGUACGCAAGCCUUUCUCAAACAUUAUGAAGCACAUAAUAACGCAGUAUUCGACGUUAAGUGGCUUUCGUCUGGAUCAAGCUUUCUGACAGCCUCCGGAGAUCAGUCUAUUAGAUUAAUCGAUGCUGAAACAGGUGUCAUAAUACAACAAUUCUUUGGACAUACUAUGUCAGUACGUAGUCUUUCAUUUAUGCCCAGUGAUUGUCAUAUAUUUGCAUCUACUUCACGCGAUGGCAGUAUACGUAUGUGGGAUACUCGGGUUAAACCGGACGCACUAAAUUUUCGAGGCUCACCAGGAAUAUCAAGUGUUGGAGUUUUACCACAAUGUCAUGUACCGUUUUUGCCUAAUUCUUCUAAUACAGACGGAAGAAGAACACGUACUCCAAAGCGUUCAGCGACUGAUGCACAAAGUGUCACUUCGGUCUUGUUUGUGGAUGAUAAUACCUUUUUGUCUGCAGGAUCAUCGGAUGGGUCUAUCAAAAUGUGGGAUUUAAGACGAGUAUUUUGUGUUGGAAGUAAAAAGCAAGCAAAACCAAAAUUUAUUUUACCCUAUUCAGGUACUUCACAAAAACAAAGUGGCUAUUCGGAUUUGGUAGUCAAUUCGUAUAGAACACGUCUAUUCGCCAAUUGCCUAGAUAAUGUUGUAUAUGAAUAUGAUCUGACACAACUAACUACACAACCAGUUUUCGUUUAUACUGGUCAUGUGACAGAUUCUUUCUACGUGAAACUAGAUAUCAGUCCAGAUGAUUCCUACAUCAUUUGUGGUAGUUCAGAUCGUCGAGCUCAUAUUUAUGCUGUUGGUAAAUGUCGACAACAACCAAUAGUUCUUUCCGGUCAUACUGGUGAAGUUAGUGUUCCACGUUGGUGUAAAGGUGAUCCUACUAGGAUUGUUACCUUGUCAGAUGAAUCUCAAGCAUUUGUUUGGAAUAUGUUUCCUGCUCGACGUUAUACUUUACCGGAUUCGGGGGAAUUAGCAGGUCUCGCUGAACUUAUUUCACCUUCAAAAUCACUUAUGAACACAAGCCAACUAGAGAAAUGUAUUUUACCUUCAACUACAUCACAGUCGAAUAAUGUAAAUAAUAAAUUAGGUAGUCUUUCGUUACCCAAUUUCAAUUGUCGAUCACCCAUGACUUCAGCUCGUCAACGACAAUCAAAUAUCCGACAUUUCCUUGAAACUGUUUCUCCAGUUAGCUCAUCUAGUUCUACAUCAACUACUAACAAAUCUUUGGUCGCUUUAUCUUCAUUGUCAAACAGUAUGAGUACAAAUGGUGCAGUUUCAAAUUCAAAUCUACAAACAAAACGGUUGCCAAGUUUAGCAACCCUUACCGAAACCUUAGGUGGGGUUGUACAACGAUUUCCAGGAUUAUCAACAGGAUUUCAGAAUAUCCAUUCUGCACCGAGUACACCUCCUUUAGGUUGUUAUUCUUUGAACUCUGUCAAUCGUAGUCUAUUUAAUAAUACUCCAACAAAAAUUGAAUCUCCUAUAACACCAGAACAGUUGCUUAUUCAUCCAUUCUAUAUAGAAGAUUCUGAAAAUAUUAAUCCAGACGAUUUGUUACACUCAGUUUCAUCUCAAGGUCUUCCUUUGGAUUGUGUUGAUGGACGAGUGUUAAACCAGUCUCCAAUUAUCCGUUGUGCUGUAGACAGACCUGCGUAUAAUCCGAAUUCUCCGACUACACCAUCAAAAAGAUUUCCAUUAUCCUUAAACCAAUCAAUUUUUAAUACUCCAGCGUCACAACCGUCAGUUGAUGAAUUAUCUAUGCUGGAAUCAAGAAAACGUAGAAGAUCAGAUAUAUUUGAUGUUUCUCCUGGUUCAAGUCCAACUCUUGUCAAUUCUGGUAGAAUUGAUUUACCUAAUAGUGUUAAUCGUGUCAGAGAAAAAAGACGUCGGUUAACUGCAUUUCCAUCAACUUCACAAUCGGUUACUUCUCCCAACAGGUCUCCUAUUGUUCCAGUGACUAAUUCUCGGCGUCGACGAAUGACAACAAUGUGUCCUUCCACGCAUAAUCCAAUCACAAAGUAUUUCAAGAAAAAUGACUGA